GAGCAGAACCAGAUGAUUCAUGGGCCCCUACGUAUUAGUCUCUCUCUCUCCUCUCCCUCGCGCCCAUAUCUACAUCAAUCUUAUGACAAUGUACAUGACAUGAGCUUCCUCUCUUUUCUCCCCCCUUUCUUCCUUUUAAUCUCUUCAGAAUCUUCUGUCUUGCUUUUGUGUAAAUGUUUGGAUGAAUUGAACCAUCCUUCCUAAACCCACUGUCUUGAUUAAAGCUGAGAGAGAGAGAGAGAGAGAGAGAGAGAGAGAGAGAGAGAGAGAGAGAGAGAGAGAGCCAUCGAGAGAGAGAGAGAGAGAGAGAGGAGGGGGGAGAGAGACAUUUUAUCAGUUAAGUUAGGCAAAACCCACUUUCUAUAUCCAUUUUAGGUCAAUCACAGAAGCAAAGCUCCUUAACCCUUUCUCAUUCUUCUGUUUCUUCUUCUUCUUCGAUUCUCUUUUCUCCAGGAAAUUAGGGUUUUUCUUCCCACUUCUUUUGCUCCUUUCAAGGAGGGAGCGAGAGAGAGUGUAUAAAGAGAUCCUCCGGGCGUUUUCCCCGGCAAGGUGAGUUCGUAUCUCCGGCUAAUUUCCUUGGAGACCGUGAAGAUCAAGAAAAAUCAACACCAAGCACAGAUGCAACAGUAACAGGCGAACCCGGUUCCUCAGAUCUUUCAAUUUCGGUGUUUGAGAGACAGAUUUCUGAGUUGAGCACCUGAUUCUGUUCAUCUGAUUACAUAGAAAACUCCUGAAAGUGGGCGAGAAAUCAAAUUCCAAAGGUGGGUCGUCGUGAAUUUCAUGCGAAAGGGCCAAAUAUAGUACAUGACCAGCAGCAGCACAGAGAGAUCUGAAAUUAACUUCCCCGACAGCAUGAUGAGCUUAUCGGUAACGAGAAUACAAGGAGAUCGAGAAGAAGAAGAAGCAAAGGCAUUGGAAUUAUUAGGAGGAUCAUCAUCGGGCAACACCGAGAGGGAACACAUGUUCGAUAAGGUCGUGACGCCGAGCGACGUGGGGAAACUGAACCGUCUCGUGAUCCCGAAGCAGCACGCCGAGAGGCACUUCCCCUUGGACUCGUCCUCCAACGAGAAAGGCUUGCUCCUCAACUUCGAAGAUCGGACAGGAAAAUCAUGGCGGUUCAGGUACUCGUACUGGAACAGCAGCCAGAGCUACGUCAUGACAAAGGGUUGGAGCCGAUUCGUCAAGGACAAGAAGCUCGACGCCGGAGACAUCGUCUCCUUCCAUCGAGGUGUCGGAGAAACCGGCAAGAACAUGCUGUUCAUCGAUUGGAGGAAACGACCAAAAGUCCCCGAUCCCACGUCCAUUGCCCACUUCGCCGGAACCAUGUUCCCUAGGUUUUACGCUUUCCCUCAACCUGUCGUCUCCAUCCCCAGAAAUUACGGGAAUUUCCAGAACUUUAGCCACGAAAGUUACAACCUUUCGUAUCAAAAUCGUCACCAUUAUCGAUUUCCGCGAGAUUUGGGAUAUGGGUAUGGCGAUUCCAUGGGGGGAUACUACCUUAGGUCACUGGAGAGGAAUCCGGCUGAGACGGUGGUGUUCGACUCGGUGCCGGUGGUUACCGCAAGAGCUCAGCCGAUUGUGGCGGCGGCGGGGAAGAGGCUAAGGCUGUUCGGAGUGGACAUGGACUGCAACAGUUGUAUGGACCAGGAAGAAUCUUCUUCUUCCGGUGGGAGCGUACCACGUGGCGCUGCGGGAACUGCUUCUUCUUCCUCGUCAUUGCAGCUGAGGCUGGCGAGCAGCGAGGAGUCUUCCAUGGUGGCAGCAGCAGCAGCUGAUGAUCAUCACUUCUCCAAGAAAGGAAAGUCCUCCUUAUCUCUCGAUUUGCAUCGGUGAAAAUCACAACAUACAUAUAUAAAUCAUCUUAGAUAUGAUUGAUUAGAUACGCAUAUACAUAUAUAGAGAGAGAGAGAGACCGGAGGCGGUGUAUGACACCGGAAUGCAUCAUAAAGAUUCGAUUUUUAACGGUGAUUUCAAGAAAUAAUUACACUUUCGGAAAGCUUUGAACACACUGUAACGCUUACCAGAAGAAUCCACACGCAUCGUUUCAGAUAAUUCAAAGUUUUCAAUGUAAACUCUUCAAUCAGAAUCAAUGCUUUUACAUCAUGGGUUAUAAAACCUAGAUUCUGCAAUAUAUAUGUAUAUAUAUAUAUAUUAUGAAACAGAUUUUGAAAAGGGAAAGAUGGGGAGGAGUGGGUUUAAUGUUUAUGUACAGACUGAACUGGGAUUGGGAUCAGCGUGAAACCCAUAUCUCUAUUUCAUUGUAAUGUCUUUUGUGGUCAGAGAGGAUGGCAGAGAUUUUGGGUUCGUCUUAGAAAAAGUGAAAAUUUGCAAAUGUCAUUUAUUUGUUUCUUCGUCUCUUUUGUUUUUUUAUGGUUUCUUCUUCUGCUGCUGCUGCUGCUCAUUAGUUAUGCUGCAGGCGACAUUGCAGAAAUAAUGAAAAAUAUUUAUUUAGAAAUAAAAGGUUAAAAGAUUGGUGAAAAGGUGUGAUCUGUUUUCAUAUAUUUUGCUGAUUCAUUAAUUAAUAAAUUAUUAUAACA